AUGGUCGACGUCUCUAAGAACGAAGCAAUGCUUCCGUAUUGGAAAAACAAAAUCACCACCCAACAUGCGGACAUACUCUUGUUAGCUUGCUGUUUCUCCUCUGGCCUUCUGGACAGCUCCGUCUUUGACGGUGAGUUCUACCUUGCGUUGUGUUGCGUUGCUGCAAGACAAGACCAGAAGCAGAAACUAAGGCAGAUGUAUACAGUAUAUGGCACUUUUGUUGCGAUGCAAACAGGAAACACUAUCUUCGUUGGUCUGGGUACCUCAAACCAGGAUACUCAGCCCUACGCGUGGGCUCGAUCUAUCACUUCAAUUGUCUGCUUUGCGCUCGGUGCUCUGUUCUUUGCUCGCAUCGGCUCAAUUCUUGGGCCCAAAGCCCGUCUUUCCUUGAUUGGGUCGUUCUUUGUUCAAGCAAGUCUCAUUCUCAUUACUGCUGCUCUUCUGCAAGCCGGAGUAGUCUCGCAAGCUGCGCCCACCUUUGGUGAGCCUCUCAAUUGGGACAACGAGGUGCCAAUCGUGCUUCUAGCUUUCCAAUCUGCUGGACAGAUCGUGGCCAGCCGUGCAUUGGGUUUCAAUGAGGUGCCGACAGUUGUCAUUACCAGUUUGCUAUGUGAUUUGAUGUCAGACCCGAGCCUGUUUAAACUCCAAAAUGUCAAACGCGACAGGCGCGUUAUCGCCUUUUUGCUGACUCUUGUGGGUGCUAUAUCCGGUGGCUGGAUUACAAAGGCUAGCGGAAGCCUGUCUGUCUCCUUGUGGGUGGCUGCUGGCAUCAAAUACGCAAUAGCAUUCUCGUGGAUGGUUUGGAGGCAGGAUCAGGUAUAA